CAAAAGGGAGAAUUGUUGUGAGUCGGCGCCAGGGGUGGCUUACCUAAUCUCUCAUGUCACGCCUAUUGCUUCAUGCGCAGUGAAUCUGAUCUUCUUUUUGUCCUUCGACUGAAUCCAUCUUCAUUUCUUUUUUCUUACUCCCUCCCUUUCCUUCCCAUCUCGCCCAGUCCUCCACUCACGCGCAUCUGUCAAUUUUUCCCACCCCAUGGCUUCUCCCCGUCCUCACAAUUUCGGUCCCCAAGGCUACCCUCUCGCGAACGGUGCGCCCCAGGCGGGUCCGCCACCUGGAGCUACGCCGCUUCUCCCUAACAAUGGACGAGUGAUUCAGAACGGGCCCACCCGGAUUCUGUGCAUUGCAGAUGUUCGAGGAAAUCUGAAGUCUCUGAAUGAGCUGGCCAAACAGGCCCGCGCUGACCAUAUCAUUCACACUGGUGACUUUGGGUUCUACGACGAUACUUCAUUGGAGCGCAUUGCGGAUAAAACCCUCAAACAUGUCGCCCAAUACUCCCCUCUCUUGCCAGAAGGCGUAAAGCGGACGAUCGCACAGGUCCCCCCUCAGCAGUCUAUUAAGCAGCGUUUCACUCCGGACCAGCUACCCCUCUCCGAGCUGUCUAUGCUCCUUGACAAGCGCAUUACUCUCGAUGUCCCAGUUUACACAGUGUGGGGUGCCUGUGAAGAUGUUCGUGUUCUGGAGAAGUUCCGAUCGGGCGAAUAUAAGGUUGAUAAGCUGCACAUUAUUGACGAGGCCAACUCGAGACUGCUGGACAUUGGCGGUGUGAAGCUCCGUUUGCUUGGACUGGGUGGUGCGGUGGUCAUGCACAAGCUCUUUGAUAACGGCGAAGGCAAGACAACCAUUGCUGGUGGACAAGGCACUAUGUGGACUACAUUGCUACAGAUGGGUGAACUGAUUGACACCGCCAACCGUGUCUACGACCCAUCCGAGACCCGUGUCUUUGUCACCCAUGCUUCGCCCGCUCGGGAGGGCAUGUUGAACCAGCUUUCCGUUACACUCAAGGCCGACUUUUCAAUUUCCGCCGGUCUUCACUUCCGCUAUGGAUCCUCCUACAACGAGUUCUCGGUCAACCCUUCGUUGGAUCACUACCGUGGCAAGCUCGCUGCUUCCAAGGCGUCUUUCAAUGAUGUCUGGGAGACUGUUCGGAGUGAGGUCGAGUCUGCCAUUUCCUCCAACGAUGCUCAGAAGACCCUGCUGGAGAAUGCCUUGGACGUGGUCAACAAGAUGCCCUCCAUUGCUAACGGUGGCAACCCGUUCGGUGGCCCCGUUGCUGCCGGCAAUGCUGCAGGCCAGGUGGAUGAAAGCGCAUUCAAGAACAUGUGGAACUUCAAUCUUGCAGAUGCUGCAUUCGGAUACCUCGUUUUGGAGAUCGAAGGAGGACGGAUUGCGACCGAGAUGCGGGCCCAGGGCUUCAACUUUGCUCACCGCAGUGGCAAGCCUGCCGUUGGUGGCGCUCCCCAGGCCGUCUCUGGUGGCUUGCCUGUUACCACGGCGUCUCCUGCCCCUACUGGAGCUGGACGCCCCGUCGUGACCCCCCAGUUUGGCCAGGUUCCUCCUACUCGUGCUCCCGUCCCCGGCCAGCAAGCUCAGGCCAAGGGCCAGUCUGCUCGCGCAUCCCCCGCCCCAGUUAUUCCCAAGGCCCCGAGCCCCCAGCAACCAGCUGCCGCUUCGGGCCAACCUGCUAGCGAGGAGAAGGCUGCCGCCGAUACCAAUGGCGCAUCCCAGACCGAGAAGACUGCCGAUUCCCCCCUGCGUGAUGUCCUCUCCGAGGAGGAUGCCGCCAAGGUGGAGAAGAUCGAGAAGUACGGAAAGUUUAACCACAUUGUGACCUUCCCCACAGUGGAUGAUGCCAAGACUGUGCUCGACCACCAGUCUGCUGAGAACAAGAAGCCCGCCGCUGCCGGUGCCACUCGCAAGACUUUCAAGUUCUUCGAGCAGCGCGGUGGGCGUGGACAGGGUAACGCCGGUACAUGGCAGAGCAGCAGCCGGGGUGGUGCCAACACCGGUCCCCGGGGUUACACCAGUGCCAGUGACAGUGAAGGUGCUCGCCGGGGUGGAUUCGGAGGUCGGGGUCGUGGCCGUGGCGGCCGUGGAGGCCGAGGUGGCUUCAAGGGCUCAAACGACUCUCCUGCCCCCUCCACUCCUUCCAGUGACAAGCCCGCCCCCUCUGGAGAUGCUUGA